AUGACAGCUGAAGAUACAAGCGUUCUUCUCAAUAUCGGUGAGAUGAUAGAUUUAGCAAUUGGCACUCCAGAGGUCGGAGUUGUAGACUUCAAUAUGCUCCAAACGGUCCUGCACUGCCUGGCGCAGCAGCUACGUGUCCUGGGUAAAAACGUAGAGCUGAAAGGCAGUAUCACUUUGCCAAUAGGCAGAGAUAACACACAAACCAUUGCGAUCAGCGAAUAUGUGGUCGAUACUGAAGACAAAGAUAAGACGGCACCAUUAAAACCUGAAAUAGAGGUGUCACCAGUUACUUCAGAACCUGAUACAAUUUUAGUCGUUGAAAGAAUCAAGAAAAGCUUGUCGCCCUUGCGUAGUCCUACACGCGAACACUCACCAGUACCGAUUCAGACUCGCGGAGCAGCUUCCCCAACUCCUCAAGAGAAACUGUCGCUCGUGACACUAAGCAAAUUCAACACGCUCGAAUCCACUGUGGAGGACUUGAAAAACCGUGUCUACGGAAGCAUGCCUAAAAACGAAGCCAUUUUGGAAGAAGUAAGAUCACAAACGAACUUAAAAGCGAUCACGGACAUGUGGACGUCUCUGAACGUGUCGUCUCGACUGGAGGCGGCCGAGGCUGGGAUUUCCAAAUUAAGUUCUCUGGUACAGGAUGUUAUUUCGGAAACAACAACUUUGCAAGAUGCCCUGAAAGGCAGCGAUCUUCAGGCGCUAGAUUCUGUGACACCUGGAGCCGCGUUGACUGACCUCGCCACGAUACCCACGAAGGAUGAAUUUUCAGCAGUACAAACCCAAUUGCAUAAUUUGCAAGCCAACGUUGAUCAACUCACCAACUCCUUUAAUGGCGCCAUGUCUGAAUUACUUCCUGGCUUCGCUAGUUCUCUUCCUGGUCAACUCGCUUCAGAACAAACACAAGAUUCGAGUUCGACACCAGGUGCCGAUCACCGCCAUUCGACUACUUCUCGAUCAUUACCUACGGCUGACAAAUUGACCGACAUUCUGACAAAACGAAUUAACGAAUUAGAGAAAAAACUCAAGGAAUGUUGCGACAUUGCCAAUAAAAAUGAUGAUCUUAUGCAAAAUCAAAUAAAUUAUAUGCAAGAUCAACUCGAGUACAUAAAUAAAGAAAUCGUCAACAUGACGACAGAUCCAACCGGCGGAAAAUUAUCACCAGAUCUUGUGAAAGACUUGCAAGGUUUAAUGCAGCUCUUCCAGACCGUUCAAGAUAUGCAAGAACAAUUGAAACAAGUUCACGAAACUGCCUUACUUUUGGCGUCUGAGAAAGAAGACAAACAACUGCACACGAACGCUCUUCUAGAACAAAUAGAACUGUUGAAGACAGUAAAACUCGAUCGCGAAGACAUGAUGGAAGCUAUGGCUGAAAAGGCAGAUCUUCAAAUGUUGGCCCGAAAAGUUUCACAUAAUCAAUUUGAACUUGCUUGUGACGAUCUCUCGAGGGGCUUAGAACAUGCACUCGGUAAACUUAAUUUGCAGGAAGCACUAUGGCAACAGGCUCUAGAUGACAUUCAACGUGAAAUUGAAACAAAAUUGGACAAAAUGGAACUGUCCCCGGUUAAAGACUUUUUCAAUAACAAACUGAAACAGCUGCAGGAAAAUUUGAAACAAAUGGCGUCGUUGAGGCGGGAAGCUGAAGCGGCGGGAACGAAACAGAAGCUAUUGAGAGAUGUCAAUUGUAUUUCAUGCGAUGCGAAUGCUGUAAUGAAAAUGGAAGCUCCAUCGACAGUUCCCGUCAGCAAACCAUUACCGGCAAAUCUAUCUAUGAAACCGUAUCUUAGUUAUGAGCUCGAUGCUAUAAGAAAAUCGCAGGCAAGUAAUCUGCCACAACGUAACUUGCACGACUGGGAAAACAUAGAUAAACACGUGACAAAACAGCCACCAAGACCAAAAUCGGAGUCAGAUAAGCAUCUAUGCAACCGCUACUGUGGCGGUUCUCAUACGGUGACGACUCCUGCUCAGCGCGUUGCUCGUCUCGGACACUUCAUCAAGCAAUGGGGACCUGACGUGCUACCAUUGUCGUCAGGACUUGCUACCGGCGAUGACGGAAAGAUGUACCGAGUGACUGAAGUGGAAAGCGCGAACGUCGGACCAGGCGGUGCAGUUGAUCAGACGUGUACACCGAAGUCGCCACAAAAAAAAUCAGACACUAAUAAGACGCAACAUAAAUCUGCUGCGAUUACUCCCGAAUGCCGAUGUCUGGAAGGAAACCGUUUCGGAAAAUAAAUAAAAACUAUGUGAAAUGCGAAAAUAUAUUGUACAGAACAGAUUUCAGAAAUAAAACAUUUUGCCUUAAAUUCGACUGUUUUAAUGAAAUAUACUUAUUUACCUGCCGUACAAUCGUAGCAAUAAAAAGGAUUAAACUAAACUGUCUUCGUAUCCAUAAAAAAGCAUUCGGACAAUGCAUCAAAACGAUACAGAUAAAAAUGAAAUAAAAGUGAAACUUAUUAUCCAACAUUUAGCAGAUUUUUAGCACAUUGCAUCUUAUAUUUAUUUAUUUACACAGGAUUAUCACACUAAGACAUUCUAUCUUUAAAUCACACGAAACAUUUUGAUUCAAAAUCAAAAUUACUAACCAAAGACCGUAGACUGAGCGCUACAAUUUUGAUCAAAGUAGGUACCUACUAAUCCAGCAAACUCAUAUAAAAUACGGACAAUGAAACAUUUCUCCGAACAUCAGCUUUUCUAUUAUGAGAUACUGUUAAUUUUAAACACAAUAAAAUUUCUUAUAUUUAUUUUCGUUUUUCACACAACUUCUAAAAACCUAACUAAAUUCUAAUGUAACAUAGGUACGCGUUUCGAUUGGGGUAAAAUGACGCAGAUAACUAAAUCAUAUAUUUACGUGAUUAAUCAACACUUAAGUUUCUGUUGGUGCCUAAUAAGUUCAAUUUGUGACAAAAGCUGUACUGAGCUUUGGCACACACAAAUGCGCGAGCAGAUCAUCAUCACCAAUCACAAACUACCCUAAUUUUACUGCCUAAUUUCCGGUUUUUCCAAUUGCCUAGGCUUGAUGUAGGUGAUCCAGCACUUCGUAAAAAUACAUGUCAACUCAAACCAACGUCCCCACUUUUUUAUUGAUCCAAAAAUAAUAUAAUAACACAAUAUUAAUACUUAGUAAUAUUUAGUAAUAUGUUGUGUUUGAUAUUUUGUACAUUUGAUUGUUUGCGAAUGGAUCGACUAUUCGGGAUUCCCCGAAGGCUGUCAGUCUUUUGUAAAAUAAAAAAGUUCAGAAUGCUCUCGGAAAAUCUAUGGGAGUUUGGGAUGGACUUUUUGACGAAGAUUUCAAGCCAUUUUUUUCAGUUUGUCCACAAUUGUGUUGCAUUAGUUCGGUUUAAGGUUGGUUAAAGGGUUUAUAAGCCAACAUCAUUACACAUUCACAUCAGAAGAAAGGCCAGACUGAAAAAUUGAAAUAAUUCAAUCGACACGACCUUUAUGUUUCCGCCAGUAUGUCCCUCGACGCUGUUCUCAGACUCAGUGAUUAUGAAUAUGCAAGGUGAGUAACAAAACCCAUUAAUACCUGCUAGGAAAGUCAAGAAGUUCAAGGCUUUUCCACAAAGUGUGAGGGUGUGUUAAUUACGAUAAAGUUAACAUUCAUCGCGUUAUUCACAUUUAAGGCAAUAAAUAAACCCAAAUUUCGAAAUCGUACCACGCGAUUGGUUCGAAAACCUUCCGCAGUUCACGUUUUUCAGUUUUGCGUUAUUGUUUUAAAAACCUAUCAAAACACAGAUAACUGUCUGGGACUUAUUUCAGUACAAAUCGCUCAU